AUGAUUGAUUAAACUAGUCCUUAAUCAAUUACAACAUAAAAAUUAUGUUUAAGAUUAGGAUAUGAUCCAAAUGAUCUUAUUUAUAAGUAUAUUUAUAAACUCUAUCUUUUUAGAUCAAUAGAGUAAUUUCCAUCAGUCUCACCAGAAGUUUAAUAGAUGAAAUACAAUCAUUAUAAAAAUAGAAUAAUGAGUAUAAACUUUGAUUAUAAAAAAAGGGAUCAUUAAUGAAAUAUAAGCAACUAAAUAAAGGCACAAAUUAGGAGAUUAAUCUCUUAAGUAAAUUACUUUCAAUCAAUAAGAUAACAAGUAUGAAUUCUUUAUAAUUUAAGUUUUUCAAAUUUCAGUGAAGAGAGUGUUAUGAUUGAGGAAAAAAAGGAGAAAAAAAGUUUAUCAAGAUAAAAAAUAUUGCAAAAUCUAAUUUAUUAAUAAUUAGAAGGUGAAAAAAAGAAUGUUGAGUAUUUAUAGAAACAAAAUUAAAAAUAAUAACAUAAAUAAUAAAGAAAAAGUGAAACUAGUUUUAAUAAAAAAAAGGAAAGAGAUAGUUAUAAAAAUAAAUCUAAUGAAGAGAUAGAUGAAUUUGAAAAAAGGAAUCAAUAUUUUAUAACAUGUAUAGAAAAUGAAUCCAGAAUAUAAGAAUAAUUGUAAGGAAGAUUUUUAAAAAAGAAUUUUAAACAUGAUAAUUAUACUGAAAGAGCAUAAGAGAAGAGAAAAUAAUAGGAGAGUUUAUUUUAAUAAACCAUUACUGAAAGAUUGAAUAAAUUACAAUAAAAAGGUAUGAAUGUUUUAAUCAAGAAACCUAGGCUUAAACAAAAGUUGAAUUAUACAAAAAAGAUAUGAGAAAUUAUUUUGCCUUAAAAAAUAGUUAGAUAAUUAAUAAAUAAGAAAAAAGGUCUCAAUUAAUUUAAUUUGAGUAAUAGUAAUAUCUUAAAGAAUAAUGUGAAAAAAUGAAAAAAUUCUAAGAAAAUAAAUCUUAAUUAAUUUUAGAAGAGAAAAAGAAAUAUAAAGAAAAAAAAGAGAAAUAUAUAUAAAUGUUAAGAAAAUGUAAAGAAAGUAAUUUUGAAUAAUAAAAUGUAUGAAUAUUGUUUAAAUAAGAAACAUUAAGAAGGAUUCAGCAAUACAUAUUAAUAAUUAAUAUAGAAACAAGAAUAAGUUAUAUAAAAUAAAGAGAGGUUACUUGAAUAGAAAUCAUUAGUGUUAAAAGAUAAAUUAUAAUUAAAUUUAGAAGAUGUUGAAUUUAAUAGAGCCCAUGCAUAAAGAAUAAAAUUAAAUACAUAAGUUAAAUUAAAUGGAAAUAAGGAUGCAAAGUCAUAAUAAUCAAGUAGAACCUCUGAUACAUGGAGAAUGAAAACUUAAUUGAUUUAAAAAGAAUCAGAAAUAUCAUUAUGGGAAAAAGCUAAGGUAGCUGCAUCUUUGUUUAAAGAUCCAAUUUAAUAUGAACAAUAUGUUGAACAAUAAUAAAUGAUUUUAUUAAAAAAAAAAAAGUCGUUGGAUUAAAAGUUUGCUUAAGCUGCAUCAAUAAUAUAAGAAAUAUUACCUAAAAAUGAAGCAGAGAAAUUACUUAUGCCAUCAGGAUUGAAAACUUUUAUAGAACAAUAAAGUCGUAUCAAAACAUAAAAAUGA